AUGGGAGGGCCGGACGUCAGCCCCGCUUCCUCACCGUGGCAACGGGCUGGUAACUAUUUCCGGUGCUGUGAGGUCUCGGGGCUGAUGCGGGUGAGUGUCCUUCUUCCCACGCUGUCCGCGCGGCUGCCGCUGCCGCUGCCGCUGCCGCUCCCUCGCCGCCGCCGGGACCUUCCUCUCCGGGGCCGGGAGGGGGCGGUGCGCAGGAUGCCCCCGGCCUGGGCGGGGGUGACGGAGCGGCCCCGGGACGCUCCUCGUUUCCUCGGUCGCGCGUGGGGCCCGCGCGGGACCUCCUUCCCCCCUCCCAGCCGUGGCUCCCGCGUGGCGGCCGCAUGCCCUCGCCGGGAGGGGAGUGUCUGUGUGCGGGAGGCCUCGCUGUCGUCCGCCCGCUUUGCGGUCUUGGGCUGCGGGUUUCUCCAAGUCGGAGGCUCGCAGGAGAGCCGAGGGUGCGCGCUCUGGCCCCGCGUGUGA